GUCCAUCUCUUUAACGGUGUUACUUAACAAUCUGACUGUACUGACGGAAUAUGCUGAAUUGGCGAUUUAUGAUCCCACCAAGCCGAUGUGGAUUAAAAAAAAUUAAAAUAUAAAAAAUUAUUAUUUAUCUAAUAAUUUAGUUUAAAAACAAAACAAAAAAUUGCAAUCUUAUACCCACCGCCCAUCUUUCUCCCAUCUUCCUCCUACAGUACAUCUUCCCCAAUUCAAACCCAGAUCCUCCCCUGUUCUCACCUUCCUCUCUCCCUCUCUCUUCUUUCCUCUUCUCAAUUCCAGAUCAUCGCUUCCCCCCACAAACUCAAUCCACACCGCCAACAGACAAAGAAGGCGGCGGUUGAAACCCAAACUCGACGCCGCCUCCGCGCCCAGACCCAAGUCCGAGUUCUCAGCAACAGAUUCAUCAAACUCUUCCCCGGGUGUCAGAUCUGCAGUGGCGGGGCUUCUUCCUCGUCCAGCUCUGUUUGCCCUUCUCUCGCCUCCCGCUUCAUGUUGUGUUCCCCAGCAAUCAGAAAAAUGGAACCAACAAAAAACCCAAGAACCCAUACCCUCCCUAUGUAUUCAAAAACACCAACCAACAACUACAACAAGGAGUCGAGAGAUUCUCCACCGCCACUCUCCAACACAAUCUCGAACAAAUCCGCCUCCGCCUCCUCCUUUCUUUCGGCCACCACCAUUAUUGCUACACGAAUACCUCUGUGAAAUAUGGUUUGGUGGUUGCUGAAGCAAACGACGGAUCUGGGUGACCGGAACCUUUCAAUCGGCGACGUGGUGAGGAACGCCACCAGCGAGAAAAUUUCAAUCGGCGACCGGGCACUUCCAAACGACGACAAGAAGCCUCCAAUCGGCGGCGGGCAGCACUUCGAUAUCCAGCACCGCCGUUCCUUUGAAGUCUCUCGGAACCCUAAAAUGAUUUUUGGAAUUGGAAUUGGAGGUGGAGCAGAGGGAUUGAAGCAGAUGGCGGCCUCAAAAGGAUUUGGGUUGGGGGCAGCUCAACUACUUGAUUUUUUGUUAGCAGUAGGGCAAGGAAAGGAAGGAUAAAUGUAAAAACAAUGGAGCAGAGGGAUUUGGGUUUCUACCAAACAAAAAAAAAAGGGGUUUGGGGAGCAGAUUGUCUCCUCUAAUUGAUGACGGCGACGACGAGUGGUGGGAGAGGAGAGAGAAUGAAAAAAUAAUAUAUGAUUUUAUUUAUUUUUAAAUUAAAAUAUGACGUGGCACUUACGUGGAAAAUGUGGCUGAUGUGUCGCUGAUGUGUGCGAUGAUUUGGCAUCCUAAUCAGUCUAACGUUAAUUUAACUGACGGAGUUUCUAACACCGUUAAAGUUUCUAACGGAAAUGGCUAGAUUUGUCACACUACCAUCCAAUUUUUGGUUAUUUCGUGUUUUCCGAUAGUUAUGGCUAUAUUUGUCACAAACGUGAAAGUUAUGGCUAUACAAGUGUAUUUUGCCUUCAUUUUAUGAAUGUAAUAGUUAAAAGUUAAUGAUAUUUGUUGGAUUGUAACUAAAUUGUCCACAAAUAUAUUUUACAUAUGAUUAAAUACAUUGGAUAUUAAUUG